CAUAUACUAUCAAUUUCCAUGACUAAUCCGGGUAAUGAUAGAGAUGACCGUUUACUUAGCCACAAACCUUCAUUCCCCACAAUAUACAGAAGCGUUUCGUUUUCGUGAUCUAUAAACAACAAUUUGAACACGGACCAAGUUGGUGGGUAAAUCGGAUCAAUGUUUUUCGAUCCAUCGAUCAUUUUAUAUUCUCCCGACUUCAAACCCGUCCAAGGUAGGUAUAGGUAAUACCGUAGACCUAAAUCUAUACCAAUUGAGAUCUUGCGAUCGGAAUUUUUCCAUGUAAUAGAAAUCCGAUUUGAAACGGAAAUAUGGCACCGGUCGAAAUUCGACAGAGAGUUUUCGGGGAAAAUCGCACAUUAAGGCAUAUUCGCAACAAGGGCCAAAGUUGAAUUGAAACGGGGUACCAAAGGUAUCGUUCUAAAUAUUUGCUGCUAGCACGCACAUAAAAUAGCGGUCGCUUUGAUUCACGUCUAACUCUUUUGGCAAAAUUAUAGAAUCGCUAGUCAUCAUGCCCCUGUAGAGCGACGGUAGGAAAGCUAAACCCUCUUUGGUGUCCAGAUUAACGUGUCGCCCUAAUAUUCACCACAGAAAAAGGUUUUCCAAGUAUAUAGCUCCCGUUAAAUCUGUUUUUUUCACAAAGUCCAUCAAAAACUCUGCAAUUUUCACGUUCAUCUUAUCAGUAACGAAUAGCAAAACAAGUUUUUUUGAAGCCAGGUUCUCAGGGAAGAUGCUUGCACCAAAUCUCGGUUAAACCCAAACUCAAUAUCUACGCACUGGCGAAUAAUAUCUGUCAAUAUAUAACUGGGACUGUAAAAACAACCUAUCAAUAUAUCCACAAUAUUUGUUUCUGUGGGCUGAGGAGGCAUUAUCAUGGUUUCGAUAGCAAAUUUCCUGCUAAACAUAAACGCAUCUGACAUCCGUGCUUUAUUAUUUUGAUGACUCAAGCACCUUUGUUGAAAUCUAUACAUAUUGCAUCACUUAUAGUGGUGGUGGGACGUUCCCCACCGAUUUGAUGCACCAUGCGCGAGCUGCAUAAAAGCAGCCGGUGGCUAAUGAAAAAAGUCAGUUUUUACUUACGCUCCAAGUAACAAGUAACAAUGAAUUCAAGUUUCCCGAUCUGGCCCCUAGCUUGGGUAUGCGGUGGCCGUCUGCUUCCUCCUGCCGCCGCAACCAUCAGAAGUCAAGAAGUUCAGGCGGCGCAGAGGCCGCCGCAACCAGCAACGGGCCGGUGUUGCUUAAAAACGAGUGGCCCGACGAGCCAGCCAGUGUUCCCUAUUUCACACAGGGGGUGUGGAGCAAUGAGUGGGACGAGCCAGAGCCAGUCCCAGUCCCAGAGCCUCCAUCAGCGACAGUCCCAGAGCCCCAAGAAGACGAGAAUUGGGACGACGGGAUGUCGCCUAUCCCCGCCUCAAAAAGGGGACUGGCUCGUCCAACAGGCAGGGAAUGAGCUUCGACGGGGCCUGAAGAAGACGACGGGGCCUAAAGAAGACGACGAUUGGGCCCCUGUUGGACGACGAUUGGACCGGCUAGUCGUCCAACAGAUUCAGAAGACACUGCGACUGAUACUGAUCCCUAUGAAACAGAUGAGGACAGCGAAUAUUUGCCCAAUUCACCUAACAGAAUCGUUGAAGCUGGAACCGACGACACAGAAAGUGAGACUUCUAAUAAUGAAGAACAUGUGACACCAAGGAAGGCUAGAAAAAGAAAACGAAACGAGAACCAGAAGCAGAAACGUAAGCGUGCGAGAUUAACUGGACAGCAGUACGUAGCUUUAAAUGGGAAAGAAAUUAGGAAGAGAGAACUAAAACCAUACAAUCAUCGAUGCAGAUACGGAUGCGAUAAAAUUGAGGAAGAGCGGAGGAAAUUACUGUUUGAAAAAUUUUAUAGUUUGCAGUCAUAUGAUCUACAAACACAAUAUUUAGCCUCUUGUAUAACGAAAUCUGCCCCAAAAAGACCUAAUAGAAAUGCAGUUUCACAAAAACAAUUUACAACAAUAAUAACUCUUAUGGGCACACGAGUUUGUAAGAAGUUUUUCCUGAAAACCUUUGAUAUAACCAAUAGAAGAUUUGGAAUAGUUUGUCAAAAGAAAAAUGCUGAUGGGUUUACUGACACUGAUAAACGAGGACAUCACGCCCCAAAAAACAAAAUUGACGCAGUUACCAGAAAUAAUGUAAUAACGCAUAUUAAAAUGUUUCCCCGCUAUAAAAGCCACUAUUCGCAGUCCCAAAAUGGUAAUACAAGCUAUCUUCCAGAGGAUUUAUGCAUAAGGAAGAUGUAUUCAUUAUAUAAAAUAUGGUGCAAUGAAACAAAAAACAUUCCCCCAGUUAAAGAAUCGUAUUAUCGAAGUGUUUUUUGUAACGAAUUUAAUCUUAAAUUCCAUAAGCCCCACUCAGAUACAUGUCACACAUGCGAUCGUUUAAAUAAUUUGAUAAACAAUAGUCCUGAUGAAAACAUUAAAACGCAAAGCAAAGCCGAGCUAGAACUUCACCAAAGGAAAGUUGAGAGUGUAAAAAAUGUCAAAAAACUCGAUAUAGAGUACGGAAGACAAAAUCCGGAUAAAGUUCGGGUGAUUUGCUUUGAUCUCCAGAAAACAUUACCUACUCCUUUUCUUUCAACUAAUAAAGUAUUUUACUUACGUCAAUUGUGGACAUAUAACCUUUGUAUUCAUGAUCUAGUAACUGGAAUAUCCUCUAUGUACAUUUGGGAUGAAACCAUCGGCCAGCGAGGAUCACAAGAAAUAGGAUCAUGCUUAAUUAAGUACAUUAUGACCUUGCCGCCAAAUAUUGAAGAACUUAUUUGCUACAGCGACCAAUGUGGAGGCCAGAACAAAAAUAAGAACAUCACAAAAUUGUUCAUGUUUCUCGUUCAAACCACAAGUUUGAAAAUAAUACACCACAAAUUUUUCGAAUCUGGACAUUCGUACAUGGAAUGUGAUCGUUCAUUUGCCCGUAUUGAAAAAGCUAAAAAAAAAGCUUUAAACAUCUUUAUUCCAAAGAACUGGUCCGAGCUAAUAAGAAACACGUCAAAUAAAUUUCAAGUUAUUGACAUGAAGCAGGAGGACUUUCUCUCCUUUGACUACCUUAAUAGUAUUAUCACAGAUCCUAAGAAGGAUAUGGAGAAGAAACCAUUAAAGUGGCGACAGAUAGUAUGGUUUACGUACAGAAAUGAAGAUUUUUUCUGUUUCUUGUUCAACCAAACUAGAAAUCCAAUUUUUCCCUCGAUUCACUCUCAAAAAUGUUCUGCGCUUCCAGUAGGAAGACCAAAAUUGUCCAUAAAAAAGUUAUUGGAAAAGUCUCUUUAUUCGACUACGUUGAAAAUAAAAAAGGCUAAAUGGGAAAAUUUGAUUCAACUUCUGCCGUACAUUCCUCCGAUAUACCACGAUUUUUACCAAAAAAUGCCCCAUGAAGCAAAAGUCUCGAACAAGAAGACAAAGGGAAAACCAAGUGGUUCAAAAAAAAAUGAAACACAAAAUAAAGCUGAAAAAGAGACACAAAAUGAAACUGAAGAAGAAACACAAAAUGAAACUGAUCAAGAAGACGACGUAGUACUAUCUGACGACUACGAAGAAUACUGAAAGUACUUGCGAUUAUGAUAAGCAUACUAAAAUCUUCAUGUUUCUAUUAUGAGUUGUAUUUUCC